CACUUUCACACACUCACACACACACCCCCCUCCAGCCCACCGCCCAGCAUGGCCGCCUCCACCCUGUCCAUCUGCUCCAGUGACAUGAGCUACGGCCCCCGGGUCUGCCUGCCCAGGUCCUGGGGCUCCUGCACCGGCCCCUCCUGGCAGGGGGACGACUGCCCUGAGAGCUGCUGUGAGCCCCCCUGCUGCACCCCCAGCUGCUACCAGUCCAGCUGCUGUGUCCCGGCCCCCUGCCUGACCCUCGUCUGCACCCCCAUGAGUGGCGGGUGCAGCCCCUGCCAGUCAGCCUGCACCAGCUCGUGCACACCCUCCUGCUGCCAGCUGUCUAGCUGCCAGCCCUCCUGCUGCACCUCCUCCCCAUGCCAGCAGGCCUGCUGUGUGCCCAUCUGCUGUAAGUCUGUCUGCUGCAAGCCUGUGUGCUGUGUGCCCAUCUGCUCUGGGGCUGCCCCCAGCCCAGCACCCCCAUGCUGCCAGCCCACCCCCUGCCCCCCGCCCUGCUGCAGACCCUCCUCCUGCGUGUCCCUCAUCUGCCACCCCGUGUGCAGGCCCGCCUGCUGUGCCCCCGCCUCCACCUGCCAGCCCAGCUGCUGCCGCCCAAACUCCUGCAUGUCCCUGCUCUGCCGCCCCGCGUGCGCCUGCCCUGCCUGCUGCUGACCCACUCGUCAUGGUACCAGCCAGACUCAGGUCCCACCUUGUAACUGUGGUCCUCACAGCCAGCCCUGUCGGAUCCAUGUGCCCACAGGCAGCUGCUCUCGCUGAGGACGGGGUCAGCUCUCACCUGGAAGCUGGUCUCCAAGUCCUGAUUGCCCUGCACUUAGACCACGUCCUUGUGCCUACUGGCCCACCUGCUGCUGAGCUGGUGCAUGAAGAACUGAAUGCCCACACUUCUGCUUCAGCCCUUGAGGGUUCUCCUUAGAAGUCCCGUGGCUGUGCCUCCCCCCAUAUCUCCCACCCCUCAUGAGGGUCAGCUCAGCCUCUUUCCACAGUGUCUCUGUCCCCUCACCAGCCUCCUCUGGAGGCACAAGAGCAAACAGACCAAUAAAUGCCCCUGCCUCU